UCGGAGGUUACAAAGAUGGCGGCUGCCAUGAAGGUCUAGUGAUUGCUUGACGCGUUGUUUCUUGUUUGUGACCGGAGUACUUUAAGUAGUACUGUGUCGCUUUGGUUGCAGUCAUGGUUCAUCUAUCACUACAGCUCCUGAAGCACUAUCAUGGUGGACAUGUUGCAAUUCGUCUAGCCCUGGGUGGCUGUGUUAACAGACCCUUCUACCGAAUUGUUGCAGCCUACAACAAGCGUGCCAGAGAUGGAAAAUAUAUUGAACAGCUGGGAUCAUAUGAUCCAUUACCCAACAUCUACAAUGAAAAGCUUGUUAGCUUCAAUUAUGACAGAAUAAAAUACUGGCUGGCCUGUGGUGCUCAUCCCACAAAGCCUGUGGCCAAACUUUUAGGACUUGCAGGCUUUUUUCCUCUUCACCCCAUGACUGUCACCAAUGCUGAGCGUUUGAGGAGAAUAAGUGAAACAAAGUCUAUACAGCCCCCUGCUGCUGAGGAGGGUCAAAAAACAGAGCAGCAGCCAACUGAAAGUGCAUGAGUUUGACCAAGGCCAACUGCACUGACUGUUUUGAAGACUUUUAAUUGUAAACUGAAAAAAAAUUGGCCUUUCCACACUUAGAUUGACUGGACAUGUCAACCAAGGUUUGGGAAAUAUGCAUGCAGAACCUGAAGUAGUAAUGAUCUGAUGUUCUCAAAUAAAACCCAGGUUAAGCAAGGUUUGUUUGAUUGAAAAGAGAUUCUGUUCAACUUGUACACACAAUGAUGUAUGAGGUGAGACAAAAAAAUAACCAGACUGGGCUUGGGGCUUUCCUAGAAAACCAUCUGGAGGUCGGCUGGACAUGAAUCAUAAAACUAUAUCCCCUCCUACACGCCCUCUCAAAACGCUUGUCCGGCUAGGUGUAUCCUGUGAAGAGACCAGUCAGUGUUUGCAUAAUAGUCACUACACAAGUUGCCACAACAUUGUCAGGUGAAAAAAAGCAAACAGCGAGACAAGACAACGCUCCUGCAUUUUUUGACUGACAAAAACAUUCCCGUCCUCGGUCAUCCUCCCUGUUCGCCCAAUUCAGCUCCCAGUGAUUUUUACUUGUUCCCAAAAAUCAAAAGUGACCUGAAGGGAACACAUUUUUCUUCAAUGUAUAAAGUGAAAACAGAAACGGCAAGCCUGUUGAAGAGCAUCAAGCAACAAGACUUUCAGCACUGUUUUAAUCAAUGGAAGAUACGUAUGGAGUGGUGUAAAGAUCAGGAGCGGUAUAUAGGAGGUGACCAUGUUUAGAAUGCUGUAAUUCAUCAAUAAUUUUAGUUUUUUUUCCCCCAAUCCAGUUAUUUUUGUGUCUCGCCUCGUAUUUUUAGAAUUCAGAAUGUUAAUUGGUUAACUGAAAAAUGAGUAAGAAGUUAACGUAAUUACCAAUCAAAUGAAAAUUAAAACCUCAAGAUUACUGAUUG